GGGGGCUCGCAGCGCCUUUGACACCCGAGUAAAAGAGGGAGGAGGGUUUCAGACAGCUUUCUUAUUGGAGAGCGUUUCAUCAUCGGCAGCUGCCACUUAUAAAAACUUCUGGACGCGCACUCCUUGGCUCAGUCUCCGCUCCGCGAAUCUCCUCCGGCCACCGCCGCCGCGCUCGCCUCUCACCCGCCCAGCCGCUCCAGCCUGAGGCGCCCCGGCCCCCGCGCGCCAGGUCCCUAGCCCCGGGGCCCGUUGCCCCCGCGCUGCCCCGCGCCCGGCCAACCGCCCUCAGCCAUGGGGCUCCUGCCCAAGCUCGGCGCGCCUCAGGGCAGCGACGCCUCUUCUAGCCGAGCCGGCCGCUGUGCCCGCUCGGUCUUCGGCAACAUUAAGGUGUUUGUGCUCUGCCAAGGCCUCCUGCAGCUCUGCCAACUCCUGUACAGCGCCUACUUCAAGAGCAGCCUUACCACCAUUGAGAAGCGCUUUGGGCUCUCCAGUUCUUCAUCGGGUCUCAUUUCCAGCCUGAAUGAGAUCAGCAAUGCCAUCCUCAUCAUCUUUGUCAGCUACUUUGGCAGCCGGGUGCACCGUCCACGUCUGAUUGGCAUCGGGGGUCUCUUCCUGGCUGCAGGUGCCUUCAUCCUCACCCUCCCACACUUCCUCUCCGAGCCCUACCAGUACACCUUGGCCAGCACUGGAAACAAUAGCCACUUGCAGGCUGAGCUCUGCCAGAAGCAUUGGCAGGACCUGCCUCCCAGUAAGUGCCACAGCACCACCCAGAACCCCCAGAAGGAGACCAGCAGCAUGUGGGGCCUGAUGGUGGUUGCCCAGCUGCUGGCUGGCAUCGGGACAGUGCCUAUUCAGCCAUUUGGGAUCUCCUAUGUGGACGACUUCUCGGAGCCCAGCAACUCGCCCCUGUACAUCUCCAUCUUAUUUGCCAUCUCUGUAUUUGGACCGGCUUUUGGGUACCUGCUGGGCUCUGUCAUGCUGCAGAUCUAUGUGGACUACGGCAGAGUCAACACAGCUGCAGUUAACUUGGUCCCGGGUGACCCCCGAUGGAUUGGAGCCUGGUGGCUAGGCCUGCUUAUUUCUUCAGUCUUCUUGGUUCUCACGUCUUUCCCCUUUUUUUUCUUCCCUCGAGUAAUGUCCAUAGGAGCAAAGAGGAAUCCUGCCACAGCAGACGAAGCAGGGAAGUUGGAGGAGGCCAAGUCAAGAGGCUCCCUGGUGGAUUUCAUUAAACGGUUUCCCCGCAUCUUUCUGAGGCUCCUGAUGAACCCGCUCUUCGUGCUGGUGGUCUUGGCCCAGUGCACCUUCUCCUCCGUCAUUGCUGGCCUCUCCACCUUCCUCAACAAGUUCCUGGAGAAGCAGUAUGGCACCUCAGCGGCCUACGCCAACUUCCUCAUUGGUGCUGUGAACCUCCCUGCUGCAGCCUUGGGGAUGCUGUUUGGAGGAAUCCUCAUGAAGCGCUUUGUUUUCUCUCUGCAAACCAUUCCCCGCGUAGCUACCACCAUCAUCACCAUCUCCAUGAUCCUUUGUGUUCCCCUGUUCUUCAUGGGAUGCUCCACCCCAACUGUGGCCGAAGUCUACCCCCCUAGCACAUCAAGUUCUAUACAUCCGCAGCCUCCCGCCUGCCGCAGGGACUGCUCGUGCCCAGAUUCUAUCUUCCACCCCGUCUGUGGGGACAAUGGAAUCGAGUACCUCUCCCCUUGCCACGCUGGCUGCAGAAACAUCAACAUGAGCUCUGCAACCUCCAAGCAAUUGAUCUAUUUGAACUGCAGUUGUGUGACUGGGGGAUCCGCUUCAGCAAAGACAGGAUCGUGCCCUAUCCCCUGUGCCCACUUCCUGCUCCCGGCCAUCUUCCUCAUCUCCUUCGUGUCCCUGAUAGCCUGCAUCUCCCACAACCCCCUCUACAUGAUGGUUCUGCGUGUGGUGAACCAGGAGGAAAAGUCAUUUGCCAUCGGGGUGCAGUUCUUGUUGAUGCGCUUGCUGGCCUGGCUGCCAUCUCCAGCCCUCUAUGGCCUCACCAUUGACCACUCCUGCAUCCGGUGGAACUCGCUGUGCUUGGGGAGGCGAGGGGCCUGCGCCUACUACGACAACGAUGCUCUCCGAGACAGGUACCUGGGCCUGCAGAUGGGCUACAAGGCACUGGGCAUGCUGCUGCUUUGCUUCAUCAGCUGGAGGGUGAAGAAGAACAAGGAGUACAACGUGCAGAAGGCGGCAGGCCUCAUCUGACCCCAGCCUGGGCCACCGCCCUGCUCCAGAGAGUGGACCGUGCCUCUUCCACACCUGCCUAUAUUCACUAAUGUUAACAGUCAUUUCCUUUUCGUGUUUUUAAACAAGAAAGAAAACCCCAGUCCUCAUUUGCGUCCCCUACCUUCUCCUCCCAGAGUCCUCCCCACAGUUCCUAAGGGCCACUGUGCACCUGGGCUGCAUGGGCCAGAGUUGGGGGGCUGAGUCUUCCCUGGCCCCUUGGAAGGGGCCUCCAGAUGCCCAGGCUCACUUCAGUGCUGAGUCCUCCAUCGAGGAUGCCCACUGAGGCAGCCAGGCUCCUCACCAGCCCUGGGGAGGAAUCCUAAACAGAGAGAGAAAAAGGGUAUCUGCCCUUCUUGCCAGGCAGCUCCACUCUCCCGUUGACUGCCCACACCCCGCAGAGUGGCAGGGGUGAGAGGAAGAAGGAAGUGGCUGAGUUAUUAAUAGCCAGAGCCACUGGGAGACUGGGGAGCCUGGCUGUAGCCCCCUUUGUACCUGGGUUUGGCAUCAGCACAGACUAUGGGAGGGGCUGGCUCCCUCCCCCUCAGAUCCUCACUUCCUAUACCUAGAGGCCAUUCUGGAUGCUGCCAUGUUGGGAAGUACAGCCUCUGCCCAUCAUCUGCACACAGGCACCAGAGCAGGGACUGAGAAACCCCAAGGAUGGGUCAUCUAAGUGCUGUCCACAUGAACCUUGGACUUUCUGUCCUUAGAUCCUCACAUUUCAUCCCUGUCUUUCUGGGGUACAUUUCAAACUGAGAAAGCUACAACACAGUGAAGACCCAAGGAAGGCCUAUGAAAUGGUCCUGAUGCCCAACCUCCCACCCCUUCAAUGUGGGGACGAGACCCCCUCAUCUCAGAGUAAUGGGAAGAACCUCCCACAUCUCCCUGGCAGCAGAUGAGGUGGCGUCACAUGCACUUCCCUGUCUGGACUUCAGCCCGUAUUCCGAGGAGUAGAGAGGCAGAAGAGAUGUCAGCAAAGCAAGUGACGAAGCAGAGUGGAUGUCCACUGCCACCAAGCUGGAUGGCAAGCAGUGGCCCACAAAACAGAGCCAGUCAGGGUGGCUUUCCUGGUUUCAGAUGUGCUCAUACCAUUGCCAUUUUCUCAGCCUCUUCUCACUGCUUCCAGAGAGGUGAGUGCCUGGGCUGACAGACACCGCUGCUAUGUGAUAGAGGUUGAGAGACAGAAGCCAACAAAGGAGGCCAUUCAUCAACAAAUAUAUUUAUCAGAGACCAACUUUGUGCAAAGCACUGCUAAUACAGGGUUCUCCAAGGAGCUUCCCUCAGCUUUUACCUCACCUCCCUCCAUUUACAUUAGGGCCUCCUCCCAGGGUGUGCUCGGUGGGCAAUGUGGGACUGAGGGCAUGGGAGUUGGUGAGAGCAGGAGGAGAGGUGGGGACAGCAAGCAGCCACAGAUUGGCAUGAAGGAUUCUGACCUGACUAUCCAUGCCAUCCAUGGCCCCCAGACUGACUCUGCACCUGGCCCUUUGCCAGACAGCUCUGUCUCACCGUGUCUUCUGGAACAACUGGGCAUGGGUCGUGGCCAUACAUGACCCUUAAGUGCCACUCUUCUUGGAAGACCCCCUCCAGAAGCAUACUAGAAGCCACCUCUGGAAAGGCCUCAUAUGGUGAUAUGCCAAAAUAUUCAUGUCAGUGUCCAAACAAUAUCCAAUGCCAUGAGACUGAUGUCUUUGUGGAAACCACUGUUACAGACAGGCUUAUUUUCAAAGCCACCUCAUUUCCAAACAUCUCACUCAGGAAGGAAGGCUCAAUAUAACCUCAGGGGCCAGUUUUAGCAUUUGAAAUGGUUCUGCUUGGAAAAUGAUUCCCUGCAACUAACCCUGGUGUUUCCCAUAGCAAUCUAACCAAAGUUGGAAGGCACUGCCUUCAGCUGAGUUUAUGAACAAUGAAUGCCAACCUUCAGGUUCUAGAAGAUUAUGGUUGCCCUCCCAAACCUUUAUUCUAUUACGAUAUUACUAUUAAAAUAUUCUAAUUUUGCUAUUGAGGUAA